UCAAACUAUCUUUUUCUGUGACAUAUAUUGAUAGAAAUGACAAAAGUGAAAAAUCUUUCUGUGGAACAAGAUGAAAAUAAUCAGGAUGUAUUGGAAUUUGAAGAUAAUCUUGAGAAGACGUCACGCGACUUAGUCGCAGAUAUUUUAAAUCGGGCUAGAUCUGCAAUCGCACAUGAAGCGUUAGAUACAAAACAGAUUAUGUUGCCUAAACAAAAUUUUGCGUCAUCGCUACCACAGUUAUCGAUAACAACUUUAUCUCCACCUAAAUAUGUCAGUGAAAAUGAUAAGAAUACGGGAGAAUGUGAUGAUGUGUUUGGCAUUACAUCAAUAAAUCAUAAGUCUGUCAUAAAUGAAGAGAUUCAACCCUCAAAUUUUCAUGAAGAACUAACUAUCCAACAGGCACCAUCUCAAGAAAAGGUUUCUAAUCAGUAUCAAACAAAAUUUGAUUUCAAGUCAAAUAUUUUGAAUGAUUUCAGAGGUAUUGGAGUUGGCUCAGCUACACCAGAUACUCCACGUCAAAGAGACUAUCAGUGGAAAUCAAGUAUAGAUUUACCUCCAGCAAAUAAUACUACUUUCACUCAUUCAUACAACUAUCCUCAGAAACCUGUUUAUUUAAGAGAAAUGUCUCUUUCACCUCCAAGUCUUUCGUAUGAUUUAGUUAAAGAUGAUUUAAUUACGUCAUCUCCACCAAACAAUCCUAAUUGUAUUGGCGAAUUCACAGCAUCAUCUAAAAUGUUAACAUACAGACAAGACUCCCCAACAGUUAUAAAUACAGACGAUAUGGAACAGAAGUUGAAACCAUUCAGUUCACCUCUACCAAUCUACAUUCCUUCAACAGCGUGUACACGUAUUCUUAAAAAUUCUGAAGUUCAUAGAUUUACAGGUGACUGUAAUUCACAACAGCGAAGACUUAGACACAAUGAUUCUGAAGUUGGUAAAUUAUCAUACAGUGACAGUACGUCUUCAGAAUUAGAAAAAAUAAGUAUCGAGUAUAAAAACAACAGUUUUAUGACAAAUAAAAAGCAAGCUAACAAACCGAAUAUACCCCGUUUACAAUUACCUUCAAGUCCAAAACUAACACAUUCACCUAAAACUAAUCAAAUGAGAAUUCGUCAAUCUUCGUUACUACGUAAUAGUAUUACAACAAGUAAAUCAAACAGUUUGAAAAUACCUAAAUCUACAAGCUCAUCAUUGUGUUGGUGGGAACCACUUAAUCGUCAUGACGCUCAUAUUAUGGAAGUAGAAGGAAUAAAUAAUUCACCAUAUAAUGAUAAAUUUAACCUACCUGAGCCUAAUCCAGAAGUACUGAAACAUUAUUAUUAUUUAUGUGCUCAACAGCCAGUGAAAGAAGCUUCUCUUAUGAAAGCAAUAAAUGAAGCUGAAAUUCAAGCAAAAUAUGAUAAAAUUGCACAUUAUGAAUUUUUAAGACGAAAAUCUUUACAAAAUCAGUAUAAGCGAACUAGAUUUUUAAAUUCACAUCAAUCCAGAAAGUUUGGCAUUGAAUCGAAACAUUUAAACAAAAUAAAUAAUAACAACAAUAAUAGUACUAAUCGACCAAAUUUAUGUAGACCUGAACAUUUUACACAUUUAUUACAAAAGGAGAACAAACCGAAGAAACCUUCUGAAUAUUCAGAUGAAGAUGAUUUAUGUUCAACUAUGAAAAAGUCAAAAAAACAACGAUCGGUAUUAAGUAGUACAAUCCAUAAUUCACAACCUAGAAGAGUAUCUUCAAAAUCAAACAGUCGAGUUCGUAGUUCAUUGAAAGUACGCAAUAAAAGUUUAGAUAAAAAUGAAUAUAAUCAGAAUGAUAGGAUUAAUCAUCAUAUUCAUCUUGAUCAUCAUGAAAGAAGAUUGCAUAGUUCAAAUAAUCAAAGAACACAGAGAAGUCAAUCUCCAAUUGAAAAUAGAAUAAAUACUAUUAAAGAUUCCGAUUACAAUAGAUCAAUUCAUUCACCAAUUAGUUAUUUUUUAGAUUUCAAUGAUAAACCAGAUUACAAUCAACACUGUACGAAUCUUCAUUCAGAAUAUUUUCCUAUAAAUAAACAACAUGCAGAUUCACCUACAUAUAUUAAUUCUGAGUAUGCAGAUAAUCUACCUAAACCAUUUCACUCAACAGAGCUGCAAACUGAAAACCAUUCAAAUGAAAAUGGACUACACAGCAAGAGUAUUCAAGAUAAAUAUGAACAAGGUUUAAGUAAUCCAAUAUCAGGUGAUCCAAGAGUUGAUGCUCUAACAUCAGCCAAUAGAAUAUUACGUCAAAGAUUAAAUGAUAUACAAAAGUUACAAGAAAAUAGAGAACAUGCUUUGAAUAAAGCUCAUGAAAUGGUUAAUGGUUUGUUAAAUAAGCAACAAAAACAAGCCUCAAUAAUUCGUGAAAGUACACGAAGCUUUGCACAAACACCGUCAACUUUAUUAACAAAUAAUCACGAUAUUGAUGAUGAUCAUAAUAGAAAAAGUUAUAUAACAAAUUUAUACAAACCAGUGAUUAAAGAUGAUUCAUUCAAUUUGCCUACUUAUACACCAACUAAAUAUAGACAUUAUCAUAAUCAACAUCAUUUGCAGUGUCAUCAUGAUGUCAAUCAUAUCACUGAUCAUUAUGACCGAAAUUAUAAUCAGCAUUCACCAUAUAAUUAUUGUUCAAAUCAACGGAAACCAUUUAAUUCUAGAAAUAAUUCAACAAAUUUAUUACUCGAAAAAUUACGUUCAGAUUAUGCAGAUUUAGCAAACAGUGUUUGUCGUAUUGAAGAAAAAGCACGAGAUGCUGCCUCUUCUGUACAGUCAUUAUUAAGACAAUUUCAAAUGGGUCUUAUGGAACCGGUUAAUUUCAAUUCAAUGAAUCAAUUACCGAAUAGUGAUUCUCAUGAGUCAUUUAAUAGAGAGUCUUAUUCAAACGAGUUAUAUGAUAAAUCUGUUAUGCUUAGAUUGCAAAAAGCAAGAGAUACAUUAGAUCAAUUGAAAUCUGAUUCGUUUCGACCAUCAAUAAACCUCCAAAGACAAGUAGACUAUACUGUACCACUAACAAUAUCAGUAGCACCAACGACCGAUUCAUUAUUAUCGUCCUCAAUCCCAGUAAUGACAACAACAUCUGGUACAUUUCCGUCAAAAAUGAAUCAUUAUAAUCUACAUGAACCACAUUUAAAACAUCCUAAUGUGUAUAAUCGUCCUUAUACUAACUCAUUAAGAUCAACUUGGCAUAUUAGUUAA